AUGUCGGCGCGAAGCCGUGGAAGGGCCAAUCCUAACCAGGACGCCGAUGAGGAGCGGCGUCUGUGGAAGGAGAUCAAGGACAAAGCCAGCGAUGUCGACAGCAUGUUUUUACGCUCGAAUGAGAUAGGUGCCGAGAUCCUAGAAGUGGAAAGCCAACAGGCAGCGCUCAUAGAAGCCGGCAAACUCAGUGAUAUAGCUUUAGACGAGCGACUGGAAAAGCUCUAUCGCGAUAACGUCAAGCUCUGCGAAGACGUUCAGCAUAUCAUUGAAGGCAAAUCAAAUGACACGAAUCUGCUCGAUAGCAUCACCAUUCUGGCCGGAUUGCGGGAGGCCUCCGAAGAGUCCGCCGCACAGAUGCAAUCAAGUCAAGGACAGCGGAUGGGAAACGGAAAACUCUCACGAGCGCCCAAGAAGGUUAACAACAAACCCGCCGCCGCUACUGUCGCCGUAGCGCUAUCCACUGAAGAUGGCGAUGACGCGUCUGCAGCAGCAUCGCCUCGGGUCAACCUUGGCAGCCAAGCGAAUCGACUAGGCGUGAAGGAUAAGACUUCUCGCUCUGGGAGUAUCGCAACCACGCGGGAAGCGUCCGUGAAGAUUGAAGAUGGCGCCGAGUCGGUAGCGAGCAGUACCGAUGGGGUUUCAGUAGCAGCCAGUUCGUCCAAAACCUCCCUGGGCAACCGCCCGUCUAACCGUCUCGUUCUGAGGCUUGGUGAAAAGGUCUUCUGUAGACACGAUCCUAAGAGUUUCGACAGCAAGAAGAAAGAGCAACCCGAAGGUGAAGGAAUACUAUGCAAAGUUACCAACGUCAUAGGAGAGGGCAAACAACGCCGAUAUGAAGUACAAGACGUCGACAAUGGAGAUGCUUCGCCGCCACAACGGGCUUCUGUGCAACAGUUGAUUCAGAUACCGGAAAGCAACAAAGGUUUGGGCGAUCUAACUAAGGGUAAGCACGUCCUCGCCCAAUAUCCGGAUACGACAACGUUCUACAAAGCCGAGGUUUUCGAAGCGUGGAAGGCCAAGGAGGCAGGGAAUACCGAGAAAGGAGAGUGGGUACGACUAAAUUUUGAAGAUGACGGUUCGCCUCGAGAGGUCGAGCGAAGAUUCGUCUUGUCAGAAAAGUGA